CACUAAUUUUGCUUACCUCUAGGAUAACAGACUAGAAUUCUUGAUCCUAGUAGAUGCUUCAUGCUUCCAUCUAUUUCUUGACUGGAAAAAUGGUCAUCUUAGUCCAAUCCCCAUUUGUGCUGUAUAGUCUUCCCAUGGAGCUCCUAUUGCGUUUCUUCUCAAUCCUAAUCACUUCCCUUCUCUUUCUCUACAUGGUGAAGAAGAUACUGAAGAGAACCAAAACCAGUAACACACCUUUUCAUCUACCUCCAGGGCCGUGGAAAUUACCUCUCAUCGGAAACUUGCACCAGCUGCUGGGAGGCUCUCUUCCACAUCACAGACUAAGAGCCUUGGCCAAGAAAUACGGACCAUUGAUGCAUCUUCAGCUCGGGGAAAUUUCCACUGUCGUUGUUUCUUCGCCUGAAUUCGCCAAAGAAAUAAUGAAAACUCACGACGUUGUCUUUGCAUCAAGGCCUCGAACCUUUCUGUCAGAAAUCAUGUCGCAUGGUUCCACUGGUGCUGUCUUUACACCAUACGGGGAUUAUUGGAGACAAGUCAGGAAAAUUUGUACUUUGGAGCUUUUUAGCACCAAACGGGUCUUGUCUUUUCGAUCCAUCAGAGCGGAAGAAGUGUCGAAUCUUGUCAGCUGGGUUGAUUCAAAAGCGGGAUCAACAAUUAACCUUACAGAGAAAGUUCAUUCUUUGAUAUAUAGCAUCACUUCCAGGGCGGCCUUUGGCAACAAAUUCGAAGAUCAAGAAUUGUUCAUAUCAAUUGUAGAUGAACUUACGAAAGUUGCAGCAGGGCUUACUGUCGCAGAUUUGUAUCCUUCCAUUGAGUUUCUCCAAUCGGUCACAGGAAUCAGACGUCAUAUAGAGAAGUUGCAUCGUGAAACUGAUAGAAUGAUGGAAAGAAUUAUCAAUGAACACAAGAAGAACAAGGAAAGUUUAAACAUGGGCAAGCAUGAAGAAGAAGCUGAGGAUCUGGUUGAUGUUCUUUUGAGGGUUCAAGAGCAGGGUGAACUUGAAUUUCCCUUGACUACUGACAAUAUCAAAGCAAUCAUCUUGGACAUUUUUGGCGCUGGUGGCGAGACAGCUGCAACAACUAUAGAUUGGACGAUGAGCGAACUGAUGAAAAAUCCAAGACUGCUAGAGAAGGCACAGGCUGAAGUGAGGCAAGUUUUUAACAGUAAAAGCAAGGUCGACGAAACAAGCAUCGAUGAAAUGAAGUUCCUGAAGCUAGUCAUAAAGGAGACUUUGAGACUACAUCCUCCUGCUCCUUUGUUAGUUCCCAGAGAAAGCAGAGAAAGAUGUGUCACCAAUGGAUUCGAAAUACCCAUGAAAACAAGAAUAAUUGUGAACGCAUGGGCUAUUGGGAGAGAUCCUGCAUACUGGAAUGAACCUGAGAUUUUCAAUCCAGAGAGGUUUCUCGAUCGGCCUGUCGACUAUAAGGGGGCUAACUUUGAGUUUGUCCCAUUUGGGUCUGGCAGAAGAAUAUGCCCUGGAAUGUCGUUUGGACUGAUGAAUGUUGAGCUUGCACUGGCGAUGUUGCUGUACCAUUUUGAUUGGAAGCUUCCCAGUGGAAUGAAGACUGAAGAUCUGGACAUGACCGAGGUCUUUGGUAUAACAGUAAGAAGAAAAGAUGAUCUGCAGCUUAUUGCCAUUCCUUACCAUCCUUCUACUGCUGCAUAAGCCCGAAAGGAAUUACAAUUUGCAUUUUUAUUUACAUGGGAUUUUGAUGAUGAAUAUUGAAUAAAUAUGUCUAUAUGUAUUAGACAAUAUUAUAGGGAAGACUUGUGCUUCUUGCAGUGCAGCUGGGUUACUGUUGACUUGAGUUGGAGCUUCAGUAGCUCAAAUACUCGUUUGAGUCGACUGUUGUUUAACUCGAUGAGCUAUAAUUCAUUUUACUCAUUUUAUGAAGACCAAAUGAUUAUUUCCCACCCAA